AUCAUCUGGACAGGUCCAUCAGGUGUUUGGCUCUGGAGGAUCUCAAGUGGGACUGUAUUAAAGCUGAUAGCUCUCUGGAGAUUUUUUUAGACAUUGGGACUCACAGCGAGUCAGUAAAACAGGGUUACCGUUAUUUGUAUAGGAAAAACAAUCUGAGGAAUUAGAUAAGGAUGAUGACUGUCAUCACCUUUCUGUCCUCCCUGCCGUGUUGUAGAGGGCACCUCCGCUGUUGUGUCAGGGGUGUAACCCUGCACCGGCAGCAGGGUGGGGAGGAGAGAAACUCCAGCGCAGCUCAGUGACUGAAUGAAAUAGUCUGGGAGCAGGACAUAAACAACCAUGUGGACACGGCUCCGUGGACUGAGAUUCCGCACACAAACCCACGGACCUAGCUGUUAUGUGGACACUUUGAGAGCAGAGAAAUGGAUCUUCAUGUGUCAGAUACCUCUGCUGACCACCCAGCUGACAUGGACCAUAUGAGUAAGAACGCAGUGGAGCGUGGGCGCCAGACACACCAGGUCUUACAGGGUACACCUUUAGACCUGAUUGAGACUGGCAAGUCCCUAAAGGUCCAAGCAGAGCGCCCCCACCUUGUCAGUUUGGGUAGUGGUCGACUGAGCAUAGCCAUCACCUUGUUACCGCUGGCAGAAGGGAGAACGUGGCUGGGCAGCAGCGAGGGCGCAGACAUCCCCCUCCACGGCGCGGGCGUCGCAGCGCAGCACUGCUACAUCGAAAACCACGCAGGCAGCAUCACGCUCUACCCAUGUGGGAACCAGUGCUCCGUAGACGGCCUCCCGGUCUCCAAGCCCGUUCGCCUCUCGCAAGGCUGCAUGCUGUGUUUCGGUCAGUCUUCCUAUUUCCGCUUCAACCACCCAGAAGAGGCCCUUAGGAUGAAGAACAUGCUGCCUGCAGCGAGCCAUGGACUCAACCCCACUAAAACUCACAUCUAUGACCCCUGCAGUGCACUUAAUGGGAACCAUCAGCCUGUUUCCAGUACGGGGACUCGCCUAGGCCAAACCUCCAUGUCCAGCAACAUAGAGAAGGAUUUCCAAAACUCUCUGAUAUUGGAGGACUCCCAGGCCUCAUCUUUAUCAGAGUCAAAGAAAUCAGCUCAGCACUCGGUCCCUCAGUCCACUCGUUUGCCCAUUCUGAAUGGAAGAAAUGGCCUGGUGCACUCUCCUCAAAACAACCCAACAGUCACGUCAAAGGACACCAGCUGUGAAAACAUGUCCCCAUUCCCCAGCUUCCCACCACCGGCUACACGCAGUGGCAUGGAUCCUGACCAACUCUUAAACCAUACAACCCCAUAUGCUCGUUCCAUAAGCUCCACUCGUGCCAACCAAAGUCCUGUGCCCCAGCCACGGACCUCCCCUUCUGUGGCUCAAAACAGUCCUGCUGGUGGGCAGAGUGCUCAGGAGAGCCCUAGGACUCGUAGAAACAUCCGAGUGGAGGCUUCAUCAAACCCAGCGCCUGCCUGCCAGGGGCCAGGUCAAGACGCAGAAAACAGGAGUCACAGAUCUUCUCCCACUGCUAACCAAAGACCAACUCCAAAGUUCUCCCCAGCAGCACCAUCCAGCCCCAGGGUGGGAGGCUCAUCCCUGCAGAAGAGAGCUCCAAGUCCUCUAAGGGAGCAUAGCCAUCCCUCAUCCCAUAUAGAUAUUGCACCGCAAAAACACAGGACUCUAAAGCCCUCUGGAUCCACCAGCCUGAGACAGCUGCCUCCUAUCAGCCCUUCCACAUCCCGCAGAGGGACACCUGGAUUUCAGGGGCUGGUUUCCUCCCCAACCUCCCAUACCUUCACCAGUAAACCAGUCUCUGAGAGCCCCCAAGUUCUUGGUAAACACAUGACUUCCUCAAAAGAGGAGGGCGUGAGACUACGGUAUAGUCCAUCGCCAACGGCCGGGCUAGUGAGAGAGCAGGAUAGCAAGCAGCUGAAGGCCGGCUCUGGCAGCACACUUGUCCCAAGUCUGGGCCCCUUUUAUAGCUCGUCUCCUCGCAGCAGUCCUCGGAGUCAAAGGAAGACCUCUUGCAUGACCGCUACAGGAUCUUCUAGCGGGGAGCCCCCUCUUGUAAAGCCCCGUACCCGGGAACGCAAGAACAGCAUUUCUGAGAUCAGCGAUAAUGAGGACGAGCUGCUGGAAUACCACCGCUGGCAGAGAGAGGAGAGGCUCCGUGAGCAGGAGAUGGAGAAACUGGAGCGACAGAGACUGGAGACCAUCCUUAAUCUGUGUACAGAAUAUGAAAAAGAGGACGGUCUUACUGGGCUGGAUGAGGCGGUGAGGACAGAGCUGUUCCCCGGGCCAACGAAGUUUGGCCUUAGAAGAACCUGUUCAGACAACGGAGGUGGGAUGUCCAUUCUGGGAGAAGAAAGGUCCCUGAGGGUGAGAGAUAAUGACGAGGAGAACCAGAGAGAGGAGUCCAGCAGCACAGAAAGUACUCAUCAGGAGUGUGACUAUCUCCUGAGCCACGUCCUGCCCAGAGCGGGCAGUCAGGAGCAGGUGUAUCUGGAGGAGGAGAGGAGUCGGGUGUUGGCAAGCGUCGAUGACCUGAAGAACAGAGUCAGUGAGCUGGAGCAGCAGCUACAGGAGACAAGACAGGAGAUGGAGAUGGAGCAAGCCCUCCUGCAAGCAGAGAAGCAGGAGGAACAGUUGCAGCUGGAGAUGGAGACUGAACUGAUUUCUCAGCUACAGCUCAAACUCAGCCAGUUGGACAAGGCCACCCAGAGAGAGAAGGACAAGGGGAGGGCUAAUGUGUCGGCUGAGCGGAAGGUCCUGGAGAGGCAGAGGGAUGAGUACAAUGAGCUGAAGAGGCAGUUUGAUAAAUGCCCCUUGUCUCAAAGGGAACAGUUGCAGGAGCAGCUCUGCAGGGAGGCUGAGGCUCUGGAGUGUGGGACCAAGAAGUUUGAGGAGCUGGAGUUCUGCCAGCUUGAAGAGGAGAGCAGUCUGGAGGAGCGGAAGGAGUCCCAGACCAUCCAGCUGCUCCAGGAGAGAGCAGAAUACCAUCGCAGCGUGACCAAGAGGAAGGAGAAGAUGAUGGCCUUGGAGGCCCAGGCCAAGCAGCUGGGCCUGCAGGCUGCUCAGGACCGUGAGAGGAUGACUAAAGACAAGAGCCUGGCUUUGCAGCUGCUGCAGAAGGAGAAGGACAAGCUGUCGGCCCUGGAGAUGAGCUACCACACCCUGACAGGCGGGAAGAGCUUCCCCAAACACAACGGCAGCGCAAAAGAGGUUUUUCACCCCAAAUCAGACAGCGAGGUUGGACAGUCAGCAGCAUCGUGGUCCAGCUUCAGCGGCACUUCAGCUCCUCCACACUUUAACGGACUUGGGCAUGAAAACAGUACAUCUAGCAAAGGUCUGCAGCAGCAAGCACUGUCAAGUCCGAAUGACGUGGACUCCAGGAGACAGCUGGCUUUGCAGAGCAAAGGUCCCUCGCCCACCGUCCACCAUUCCAUCCUCCACCACCCGACGCCGCCUAGUGGCGGCCAGGCAUACGACACGCUGAGCCUGGAGAGCUCUGACAGCAUGGAGACGAGCGUUUCCGCCGGCAACUCCGCCUGUACAACAGAAAGUGCUGGUGGAGUGGAAGCCCAGAGGAUAGAGGAGAUGGAGAAGAUGCUUAAGGAGGCUCAGCAGGAGAAAACCAGGCUGAUUGAAAAUCGAGAGAGGGAGGCGCAGGCUCGGCGGCAGAUGUUAGAGGAGGAGCGGCGGAGGCGAGAGGAGGCUGAAAGGAGGCUCCAGGACGAGACGGCUCACCGGCACAGGCUGGUAGAGGAGGAGGUGAAGAUGAGAGAGAAGCACUUCUCUCAGGCCCGUCCCAUGACGCGCUACCUGCCGAACCGGAAAGAGGAGUUUGACUUGCGUGCCCACGUGGAGUCGUCCGGCCACAGCGUGGACACGUGUCCCUACGUCAUCCUCACAGAGAAGAUGUGUAAAGGCCACCUGGUCAAGAUGGGGGGCAAGAUCAAGUCCUGGAAGAAGCGCUGGUUUGUCUUCGACCGGCUCAAGAGGAACUUCUCUUACUACGUGGACAAGCACGAGACCAAGCUGAAAGGGCUCAUCUACUUCCAGGCCAUCGAGGAGGUUUACUACGAUCACCUGCGCAGCGCCGCCAAGAGCCCGAACCCGUCUCUGACCUUCUGUGUGAAGACACAUGACCGCCUCUACUACAUGGUGGCCCCGUCUGCAGAGGCCAUGAGGAUCUGGAUGGACGUCAUAGUGACGGGUGCCGAGGGCUACACACAGUUCAUGAGCUGAGGGACCAGCCAAUCUCAUGCCUGCAUUUUAACACAAGAGAGAGAGGACGGGCGAGCGAGCACCGAGACAGACAGGCAGAUAGACAAUACUGACUGACUGGCAGGCAGGCAGGCAGGCAGGCAGACAGACAGAGAGACUGAUUGGCAGACAGGCAGACAGACACAAUGACUGACAGGCAGACAAAGAGACUGAUUGACUGACUGACUGGCAGGCAAACAGAAAGACAGACAAAAAGACUGAUUGACUGACAGGCAGGCAGACAGACAGACUGACUGACAGACAGACAGAACCCUCUGUUGUGUAGUGAGCAUGCUCCCAGUCGCCGCCUUGUCAACUGUAAUGGAUGGACGAGCAGCGCGUGAUGCCGGCAUGUGAUGCCGGUAAGUGAUACCGGUAAGUGAUGUCGGUAUGUGAUACCGGUAUGUGAUGCUGGUAAGUGAUGGAUGGACAUCUGCAGAGAUGAAUAAUCUGGUUCUUUCGCCAAAAGACUGAUGCUCUUGCAAAAAAUGAAGGCUUUGCAAUAAAACAAGUGCAUUUGUAAAGAUGUGGUAGCUGUACUUGUACUUGUCCCACAGGCGGAGGAAGAGAAGAGUUUAUACCAGCUGAUGAUGGAUCGAUUAAGGAGCUUUGUAACUAAGACAUAAAGUAACCAUUCUUGUACUUUUCUUCUUUUAAAAAUCUUCAUCAGUAACAUUAUCAGCAUUAGCAUAGCCAUAAACAUUUCAUAUAAGUUAUUACGACGGGCUCGAACUGUUUACACUACCAAAGCCGCUGAACAUGAACAUGCAGUGUUUCACUGUACAUUAUGUUUUUAUUUUUACUUUUGUUACAUUUGUAGUUUUUUUUCUCCUCGAACUCUGUAAUUUUUACAACUGAAAGAUGAACGAGACUUUUCAUUAAUACACUAUUGUAAAAAAAAUAUUAGUACAACAUAAAUGAACGUAUUUUAGUAAUAUUUCAGCAAUAAUUAAUAAUCAAGAGUUGUAAGUGUUCAGUAAAAGCGGUACUCAGUACUGAGCUCUGUACACCUCAUGUGAUGUGUGGUCAUCAUAAUGUCACAAGUCUGAUGGUGCUCUGCAGCUUUCUGCAGCAGGGGGCGACACAACAUGAAGGUUCCUGUACUUUGUACUUUAUAUACUUUAUAUACUUUAUUCAGAAGCCAGCAAGGUGUCCCAGUGGUGCGUUCCCACAAGUCAUGAAUUACAUGACUUAAUGCUACAAUAAUACUGUAUCGCUUGUGUGUAUACUUAAUAAAACAUAUGCAUCUGUCACGUUGUCCCUCAUACUGGUGGCCCGUCGCCACUAAAUCAGCAUAACGAUUCAGCCGUUAACGACUGUUAUGCCUUUAAUUGUGUUUCAUUGUUCUGGUGUUUUACUCGCCUCAACACUUUGGACUAAACUGGCACGCAGAAGAAAGAAACAACGAAACUUUAUUUUGUCAUAGUAUUGCUACAAUGACAUAAUAUUGUUACAGUGACUGUGUUCUCCGCUUUUAACACCAAAGGAAUGGAGAAUGUUAAAAAAUGGUGUGAUAUCAAUAAGUUACCACUAAAUGAAAAUAAAACACAAUUCAUGGUGCUGGGUGGUUUUAGGGUGAAUUGUGACAUAAAAGUGAAAUUAAAUGGAGAUAAAAUUGAAAGAGUGUUUGAAACUAAAUUCUUGGGCGUGAUUAUAGAUAAUCAACUCUGUUGGAAGCCACAUAUAGAAUAUAUUAAACGUAUCUAAAUCUGUUGCUGUUCUCUACAAGGGAUGUGCUGGUAGUAAAUGUGUGCGUAUAUUGUGUUUUUCACCGAUGAUGUCGUAUCUGUCUUACUGUGUUGAGGUUUGGGGAAAUG